UCGACACAAUCGACACGCACGCGCACUUUUAUCAAUUUGAUGUUACUAAUGCUAUCGUAAACGUAUGAAUCAAGAGAUGAAAACGUGGUCGCGCUUCUGAAUUCCUAUCUCUAUAAAUACAUACACAUUUCAAUUCGACUUCAUUCAUUCAUAGUCCAUAGAGAGAGAGAUGUUGAAAGGCAUGGUGGAGACGGUGAGGGGGAAAAAUGGGGAAGAGAAGAAGAAGAUAAAAGGAAGAGUAGUGUUGAUGAAGAAGAAUGUUCUCGAUUUCAACGAUUUAGGAGCAUCUCUUCUCGAUCGUCUUCACGAAUUGGUCGGUAAAACUGUUACUCUUCAUCUCAUCAGCUCCCUCCAUUCUCACUCUUCAGGAAACAAGCUGAAGGGGAAGGUGGGAAAAGGAGCAGAGCUAGAAAGAUGGAUCACAACAAUCACAUCUCUGACACCAGAAGAUUCAGCAUACGACGUCACAUUCGACUACGAAGAAGACAUCGGAAUCCCGGGCGCAUUCCUCAUCACCAACUCCCACCACACCGAAUUCUUCCUCAAAACCCUAACCCUCGAGGCCGUCCCCGGCCACGAACACGCCCCCAUCCACUUCGUCUGCAACUCCUGGGUCUACCCUUCCCACAAGUACGACUCCGCCCGCGUCUUCUUCGCCAAUCAGCCCUAUCUCCCCUCGCAAACCCCGCCCCCGCUCGUGCCGUACCGAGAGGAGGAGCUCGCUAUCCUGCGUGGAGGUGGAGAUGGGACCCGCGAGUUGCGGGAGUGGGAUAGAGUGUAUGACUAUGCUUAUUAUAAUGAUUUGGCGGAUCCGGAUAGCGGCCAGGAUUCUGCCCGGCCCGUUCUUGGCGGAUCCUCGCGAUAUCCGUAUCCGCGUAGAGGGAGAACGGGAAGGCCUCCUACUAAAACAGAUCCCAAUACGGAGAGUAGGAUACCAUUGCUUAUGAGCUUGAACAUCUACGUUCCAAGAGACGAGCGUUUUGGGCAUCUGAAGCUGUCUGAUUUUCUUGGUUAUGGCCUCAAAUCUAUCUUCCAGUUCCUUCUGCCUGAGUUUACGGACUUGUGUGCCAGCCUCAGCAACGAGUUCGAGAGUUUUGAAGACGCUCUUGAAAUCUAUGAGGGAGGCUUCAAGCUGCCAGAGGGGCCUCUGCUCAAGAACCUAUAUGAUAAUGUCCCUUUGGAGCUGCUCAAGCAGAUUCUUCCUAGAGAUGAUGAGGGCCUCUUCAAGUAUCCGGUGCCCGAUAUCAUCAAAGAGGACAAGACUGCGUGGAGAACUGAUGAAGAGUUUGCACGAGAGAUGGUAGCAGGGAUGAACCCUGUCAUAAUUAGUCGUCUGCAGGAGUUUCCUCCCAAGAGCAAUCUUGACCCUCAACUUUACGGGAACCAGAGUAGUAUGAUAACGUGGGAUCAUAUCAAGAAUGGAGUGGACGGGCUCACACUUGAAAAGGUGUUGGAGAAGAAUCGGUUGUUCAUACUGAGCCAUCACGACUCGUUGAUGCCGUAUCUGAGGAGGAUCAACAGCACCACCACGAAAAUGUACGCCACGAGGACUCUACUUUUCUUGCAAAACGAUGGGAGUUUGAGGCCUUUGGCGAUUGAGCUCAGCCUCCCACAUCCUGAUGGGGAUGAGCACGGAGCCGUGAGUCAGGUGUAUACUCCUGCUCAAGACGGUAUUGAGGGUUCGAUUUGGCAGCUGGCUAAGGCCUAUGUUGGAGUUAGUGAUUCGGGAGUUCAUCAGCUCAUCAGCCAUUGGUUGCAUACACAUGCUGUGAUAGAGCCAGUGGUGAUUGCAACAAAUAGACAACUGAGCGUGAUGCACCCCAUUCAUAAGCUUUUGUAUCCUCACUUCCGCUCCACGAUGAACAUCAAUGCUUUCGCGCGACAAAUCUUGAUCAACGCCGGAGGAAUUCUUGAGGCAACUGUCUUCCCUGCUCGAUACGCCAUGGAGUUGUCUUCCUUUAUCUACAAGGACUGGAAUUUCCCCGAUCAGGCACUCCCAGCUGAUCUACUCAAGAGAGGCAUGGCUGUGGAGGAUCCAGACUCCCCGCACGGGAUCCGCCUUGUGAUGGAGGACUAUCCAUACGCGGUAGAUGGCCUCCAAAUCUGGUCCGCCAUAAACACGUGGGUCGAUGACUACUGUAACCUGUACUAUCCAUCAGACGAGGCUGUGGUGGACGACACAGAGCUACAAUCAUGGUGGAAGGAGCUCCGGGAGGAAGGGCAUGGCGACAAGAAGGACGCGCCAUGGUGGCCCAAAAUGCAGACGCGCAAAGACCUCAUCGACAGCUGCACCAUCAUAAUAUGGAUAGCAUCAGCGUUGCACGCGGCGCUCAACUUCGGGCAGUACGCGUACGGCGGGUACAUGCCCAACCGUCCCACUGUGAGCCGGCAGUUCAUGCCCGAGCCUGGCAGCGAGGACUACGAGUUGCUGAAGACAGACCCCGACAGGGUGUUCUUCAAGACCAUCACCGCAAGGCUGCAGACGCUGCUGGGCGUUGCGCUGAUUGAGCUCCUGUCGAGGCAUUCCUCGGAUGAGUUAUAUCUCGGGCAGAGGGACACCCCGGUGUGGACCAAGGAUGCGGAGGCGCUGGCGGCGUUUGAGAGGUUUGGGAAGGAGUUGGGUGGGGUGGAGAGGAAGAUCAUGGAGAUGAAUGGAGAUGAGAAGUGGAAGAAUAGAGUUGGGCCUACGAAGCUGCCUUACACGUUGAUGUAUCCUACGAGUGAAGAGGGAAUGACUGGUAGAGGGAUUCCUAAUAGUACCUCUAUUUGAAGUCUUUUAUUUCACUCAUGGAGUUCUAGGCUUUCUUCUCGCUCAUAGUUGUGAGUUGUUAAAUAAAUGGAUUGUAGAUUGUGUAGGGAUUUGUGUGACGUAACUUUGUUCUUGUCACGUAUUGCUAUGAAUAAUAAUUUGCUCAAGAAAAGUACUAUAACAA